AAAUCAAAGUUUAAUUGAUACUCAUAUAUUUGAAGAUAAUUUUGAAGAAAAUAAUAAUACAGAAAUUAUUCAAGACAGAUUAGAUUUUUCUCAUAUAGGCUCAUCUAAUUUUUUACCUUUCAACAUAGGUACAAAAAAAGGAAGUAAUAUGGCUGGUAAAAAUCGAAGUUGGACAGAAUUAACAAUUCAAGAAUUAAAAAUAUAG